AUGGGUUAGACAGAUAGUAAAUAGGAGUAAGAUUUUUUGAGGAAGAUCGACACCUAAUAUGAAUUCAUAAAGCACCUGAAUGAUGCAAGUGAAUCAUCAUAAUUAUAAAGUAGGAUACGGAGAUGGCAAACUAUUUGGCAAGAGAAAUGACAAGUCUUAAAUGAUUGUAUUGAAGAACAUCAGCAUUCCAGAUGAGCCUAGUUUUUAAGCAUGGAAGAAUAAAUUAUAGUUGAGACAGUCUCUCAAGCAUCCCAACAUCAUUGAAUUGAAAGGUAAGCAAAACGCAUAGUAUCAAUUAGAAUCAAUUUAAGCAGAACAAGAACAAGUUUGUAGUACUUUUUAUAAGAUUAAUCUCGUAUUCGAAUAUCUCCCUCAAACCUUACAAGAUGCCAUAGCCUAAAGGAAGUAAGCAGGUGCCUAUUACGGAGAAUAAGAGGUGCUACAAAUGUUGAAUGGAUCAAUAGAGGGAUUGGCCAAAAUGCAAGAAUUGAAGAUUGCUCAUCAGAAUUUGAGAGUGCAAACACUGUCCUAUCAAAAUGGAACUAUCAAAGUAAGCGACAUUCCUUUGUUAGCCAAUAUCACAUCAUUUGCAGCAGUCUUGCAAGAUUAUGGAAAUGCAUCAGAAGGCAAUUAUCUCUCUCCUAUAUUGACUAAGGCUGUCUAUGAGAGCAAUCAUAUGCCAUAACAUAAUUUAUUCAAAUCAGAUGUGUACACUCUCGGAAUGAUAUUCCUUUAAGUUUGUUUACUCUAGCCUUAGGAUAAUUGUUAUGAUUACUUUGAAGGGAAAAUAAACAUGUAAUAAUUGGUCACAAAUAUUGAAUAAGCAAGGACUAUCUACACUUCUGAACUAGUUGAAGUUAUAGAAGAAAUGCUUGAAUAAGUUGAAAAAGACAGACCUGAUUUUAUUUAGCUAAGGAAUAAAAGGAGACAAAUCAUUCCCUAAUAUCCACCUCAAUUCCCAGACAAGAACUCUCAUCAAUAGGAGGAUGAAUACUAAAUGAUGUACUACAAGAAUGCCGAUCAUUAAUCUGAAGUCUAUCAAUCGCUCUAGCCCUCCUAUUUGGAUGAAGGACCAUUACCAUUGCAUGAUGACAAUUAUGAUGAAUUACACAGACCUUACAAAGAACCAUAACCAGCCAAUUAUAGCGAACAUGAUGUUCUGAUUCACAAUGCUGACAUCACCAGAAAUUCCAUCUGUAAGAAGAAUAAUAAUAUAUUAUUUAGCUCCAAUGAAGUAAAACAACUCUAUUGGAUAAAUUCCUAGAUCCUUAAUCUAAGAAUUUUAAGUUCAGCCUAUCUCAUUUGCAUAAAGCAAUAACAUUCUUAAUUAAGACAUUUACAAAGUCCCUGAUCAGUAAAAAUAAAAUAUCAAACAUGAUUCGUAUACUAAUCCCUACAAAGAUUAUACCAAUCACAUGAAAUAAGAUGCUUACACUCAAUCAAGUCAAUUCUUAAACAAUAACAAUUAGCAAAAAUCCAAUAUUCAUUUACAAUCCUAUGUAACAGCCUAUCAACCACCUCCAAGAGAGUCUCUCCAAGUCAAUGAUUAUCUAGAUAAAUUUCACUUCACAUCACCCAAUGACAUUAAACUACUUGAACAAAACAACUAGACUGAUUUCAACCAACCCAAUAGAGAGUCAUAUUAAUACUACCCUGUCUAACCAUAAAGUAGGUUCAUGUCUGUCUAAUAACAACAAUAACCUAUCAAAUAAUCGAAUUACAUACCUGUUUAAACAGUAUCCACUUACCUCCAAAAAUAGAAUCUAUCAACCUAUGUGAAUGAAACAUAUCCCAAUGGACAGAGGUACGUUGGAGAAAAGAUCAAUGGCAAAAAAGAAGGCAGAGGAAGAUUGUAUUAUAAAGAGGGAGGCUAUUAUGAUGGAAAUUGGAAGAAUGACAGAAUUAAUGGAUAAGGUAUGAAAUUGAUAUCUAAUAUCAAGGUGUAUUAUAUUAUGCCAGUGGAAGACCUGCAUAUGAUGGAGAAUGGAUCGAUGAUAAAUUUCAAGGUCUAGGUAUCUUGUAUAAUGAUACUCCCAAAAUCGAAGAUAUUAAUUACAGAAAUCUAGAAGACAUCGGAUUGUAAUGAUAUUCUUUCAUUAUUGUAGUGCUUGGACCAAAUAUGUAGGAUAGUUUUAUGACGACAACAAAAAUGGUUAAGGAACACUCUAUUUUCUGAAUGGUGAUCGCUUCGAGGGAUGCUUUUAAGAUGAUCAAGCCUAAGGCUAAGGAAGAUACAUUUCAAUUGGAGGGAAAGUAAUCUAAGGAAUUUGGAACUUUAAUCAUUUUGUGUAAUGA